CAAUGCUCACAUAAGUUAACCGUUUACUUCUACACCACGACCACUGAAUUGGUGUGUAACUACCAACGCAGUGCUUGUUUGUGGCUGUAAUUUUGUAUCAAACCUCAUGUUGCCUCCGAUUGGGGACAGUAAUCCAGUACGUUUGGCUGAUGCGGAUUUGUAUGAACAACCACCGAUUAAAUUGGCUUUGCGUAUAAACUCGGCCGAGACACUAAAUGGACCUUACAACGAUACCGUGGUCCGUGCGUAUUCAUCCAAUUCUGUGGGACAGCUGGAACCAACCAAUUCCAACGGAAGAUUCGCUUCAUCAAUGCAGGAAAUAAAAGUUCAUAAUUCCGCACAUGAAUUCCAGCAGGGUGAUAUGCAUGUUAGUUCCGACAAUAGUGUCAGUAGCAACGGAUCCAGGCAUAAUGCACGAAGUCAUUGUCUGCAGAAUCCUGUGGAAAAAAUGUCUCGAACCAACUUGUACAUCAAAGGUUUGCCGGAUAGUUUUAAUGACGAAAAACUUUGGAACUUACCACCGGACCCGGUGCAAAUCAAGUCCGUGAAGGCAGCCACAGAUGAAGACUGUAAAUGUAGAGGCUACGGGUUUAUUGAUUUUAUGUCAGCUGAAGCUGCCAACGAAGCCCUGAGACAUAUCAGAGAGACCUACCCGGCUUUCACAAUAAAAUUUGCAAAGGAGAACGAGAAAGAUAAAACUAAUCUUUAUGUAACUAACAUUCCCAAAUCCUGGACAACCAAGGAUAGCGACCAGCUCAAGGUUGUCUUUGAGCGAUUCGGGGCGAUUCAAUCAGCCUUCGUGAUGAUGGAACGUUCCACCAAUCGAACAACAGGUGUCGGUUUUGUUCGAUUCGCCAACGAGAGGGACGCUUUGGCUGCCUUGGAUUCAAUCAAAAAGGAUCCUAUCGUUUUACCGGAAUGCACCAACGCGAUCGAGGCCAAAUUCGCAGAUAAACACAAUCCGGACACUAGACGAAGGCGAUAUCCGGUAGCCAAUUUGCUCACUACGCCUCAUGUAAACAACCUCAUGGGCUAUCCAAUGACCAUUUGUAAUGGAUCGAGCACCAACUCCCAAGAUACUAUUACUGCGUUGCUGAAUGGAGGUCUUUCGGUUCACCCGGCAACACAAAACUCUCUGGUCACAUUGCAAGCAAUCCAGAACAAAAACGAAUACGCUCAGCGAUUGGCACAAAGUCUCUUCCACAACUCAGUUCCCACUAAAUUACACCAUUCUUCCAAUAAUCCAAAUCAACUGGGAUUGUCUGAUUUUGGAAUCACUCAUCCGAACGUAGUGCCGCAGGAAUCGCAGCUAAAUGUUCUAGCAGCUGCUGCAUCUGCGCUGAUGAGCACCGGCCGCUCUCAAGGAUUUCCGAACAACUCUUGCCUACGGGUUCCACACGCAUGUGGUACGGGAACAAUUGCGCCCGCACUCAGUGGAAGCCUAAUUUCUACAAACCCACUAUCCCUACUUGCAACCAAUCCUGUAUCACCCGCCGAGGUCAGUAUGUUGGAUCACAGCGGUCUCUAUCGCUGCUCUGCCUAUGGGAACGAGUUAUACCGCCACUCACAACAACAGCAACAGCAGCAGCAACUGAUUGCUGCCGCUAUGGCGGCCAUGAACGGCUCGCAUGCAUCGGGUUCCAUGUACACACAUCUUGCGGAAAUGAACCCGUACCUAGGCUAUUCCAAUCUCCUACAUCCAAGUCAGUCGUCGGUGAAUGGCACUGCAGCGGUCAACUCUUGUCUGACACCUAAUGGUCCAACAAUCGGCACCAUGUAUGCUAACCCGAACACUGGUCUGUUUGGAGCAAGCACGCUUUUGGCCCCCACGGAACCAAUCAAUCUUGUUUCUCCGAGGCUAAACAAUGGCCUCCAUUCUUGGGUCAUUCCCCAUCAAUUAGUGAAAACUGGUGCUAACGACACAGUUCCCCUGCCUCAAACUGCAAUGAUCACCAAUCAAGACAUCUAGUGGUGUGAAUCAUCGCCAGAAGUCUCCCAAGAAGUAAAGGGAUACAAUGCACAGUAUCGUCGGGGACACGACAUGCAAACUUUGUAAACUAUCUACACUAAUUUGAUCACUUCUCUACCUUUCCAAAAAUAGUUCGCAGUGUACCCGGCAAGACGAUUUUCAAAUCCUCCAAGAGUAGAGUAACUGAGUACAGUUGCAUUUUUUUAAUCGUUGUUGCUAUCACAACACACCAGUGAAAGCAGUGUUGCUCCAACCCAACCAAUGCGGAAAACACAAAAACUACCUGAACGGUUGCGCCAUAUUUUUUGUCUCUAACUUGAUAUUCUUUUUGGAAAUGAAACGGUUGCACCAAAGUGUUUGCAAUUUGGUUAUAAACGACCAAUAUGGUUUCAGAAGCGAAUGGCAUCCAGAUCUUUUCAGUAGUUUUGCGUAAAAGUUGUACAAAACUGCUUUUUUAGGCUGCAUUUCACAUCACUCUCAAUUUCAAUUGUUUUGAAAGAAUUAGAUAUGUACUCUUUAUUCGCCCUGAGAGUCGCAGAACCGUUUCGUGGUAAUAACAUUGGCUGGAGUCAGAUAGAAAGCACUGAAACCCUACUCGAAUAACUGUACGUUUACCCCAGCUGACAAUAGUAUUUUUAAAUAUU